AUGAGGCAGGCAGGAAGAGUUACAGGCCUCGGCCGGCUUUUGAGACCGUUCGCCACGCCGAGAACGCACGCGACGCCGCGGAUCGCGAGCGCCGCCGCCGGGCUCCAUGGAGGAAGAUUCGCGGCUCCGAGCACAGCCAACGUCCCGGGGCGGGCGUGGUUGGGGGUCUCCGGACCUCAACGGUGGUUCAGCACCAAGAAGCGUGUUUUCGAGGCGGGCGAGGCGCCGUCAUUUGCGUUUGCCUUUGACAUCGAUGGCGUCUUGUUGCACGUGGCCAAGCCCAUUCCCGGCGCCGCCGAGGCCCUCCGCUACCUCAACGACAACAACAUCCCCUUCAUCCUGUUGACGAACGGCGGGGGCAGGCCCGAGGCGGUCCGCGUGAGGGACCUCAGCGAGAAGCUCGGCGUGGAGCUCUCGGUGGACAACUUUGUCCAGUCGCACACGCCCUUCCAGGAGCUGGUCCACGGGCCCGAGGGUCUGGGGGACAAGACCAUCUUCGUGACGGGCGCCAACGCGCAAAAGUGUCGCGAGAUUGCGAGGCAGUACGGCUUCAAGAACGUGGUGACGCCGGCGGACAUGAUCCACGCGCAGCCGGACGUGUUCCCCUUUGAGCUGCUGAUGAAGUCGGUCUACGCCGGGACGCACGAGCCCCUCCCCAAGCCCAUCUACACAGGCGGGGUCGGGGGCGGGGCGGCGACGGAGGCGGAGGCGCUCAAGAUCGACGCCAUGUUCGUGUUCAACGACCCGCGCGACUGGGCGCUAGACAUGCAGAUCAUCAUGGACCUUCUGCUCUCGCGCGGGGGCGUGCUGGGGACGUACUCGGACAAGAACGGAGACAGGUCGCUGGCCAACGGCGGGUGGCAGCAGGACGGGCAGCCGGCGCUCGUGUACUCCAAUGCGGAUCUCCUCUGGCCGACGACGUGGCACCAGCCGCGGUUCGGGCAAGGGGCGUUCCAGGCGGCGGUGGCGGGGGUGUGGAGGUCGGUGACGGGCGGGGCGGCGCUGCAGACGACGGUGUUUGGCAAGCCCUUCGCGACGACGUACCGGUACGCCGAGGGGGUGCUCGAGGCACACCGGCGGGCGUUGCUGGGCAAGGCGGGAGGUGACGGCAAAGGGGAGGUGGCACCGCUGAAGACGGUGUACAUGGUAGGAGACAACCCAGAGAGCGACAUCCGCGGGGCCAACGACUACAGCAACGAGAAGACGGAGUGGGCGUCGGUGCUGGUCAAGACGGGGGUCUGGAGGAAGGAGAGAGGGCCGCCGACACACGCGCCCAAGAUGAUUGUGGACGACGUCAAGGCGGCGGUCGAGUGGGCGCUGGAGAGGGAGGGACGGCCGACGAGGAUUUAG